AUGGCGAUCAACCAAACCACACAACAUGAAAAUGGACAUCAUGAGGGACAUGUCAAGUACAGUGAAGCCACGAAUGGACAUCUUAUCGAGAACGGGCAACAGCAAGAUGCUAAUGGACAACAACAGCAGCGUGCUACUAGCAAUGGUCAAGCUUCGGGUUUCAUCACUCGAGUAACAUCCUACCCAAUUGUUGUUGAUGGUGUAUCAACCGUGAAAGCAUAUGCCGAGCGCUCACCAGCAGCAACCUAUGCACUAUCGAAAGCGUCAGCCACCCUGAAUAGUGUCAACAGCUAUCGACCACGCUAUGUUCAAAGCUAUUAUGAAACGUAUAUUCAGCCUCACGUUGAACGUGCUGAUGAGCUUGGUUGCAAGUCGUUGGAUCUGAUUCAAAACCGUUUUCCUGUUGUUACGCAGCCUACAGCCAAUGUGGUGGAUGCCGUGUACCCCAACCGCCUUAUCAGCUCGAUCCGCAGUACCAGCACUGCUCCUGUUAACGUUGUUCAUCGUCGUAUUACCACUGUUCUCGAUUCGUUGGAGGAUACACUCGAUAAGUAUCUUCCACCACCAUCAUCAACAGCAGGUGAUGAAAAGACAAGAAAUGGUGAAAAGGCGAAAACAACCGAAGUGGCACGUGUCUAUGGUCUGGUGAAUGCUUUCUCAACCCGUGUACGUGUCAAGCUUGCUGAGCAAGCACCUCUUCAAUCCGCUGUUGCUCGCUUGCAAUUUGUUCAAGAGACGCUGCGUCAUUCCAUUACCGUUUACUCGCAAGCUAUUCAACAACGUUUGCCUGAAGCUGUUACAGCUCGCUUCCAUCAGUUGCAUACCGUGCUCACGGCCGAGUUAUCGCAUCUUGCUGCAAAGCUCGAGCUUCCACCCACUAUCAAGGAACGUUUGCGUACACUCGCUAAUUCCGCUUCAGAGCAAUAUGAAUUUGUCAAGGUGCAAUACGCUCGUCGUGAUCUAUCUUCAUAUGACAAAGUCAAAAGCAUCACCAACCAUCUCCAAAACCAGCUGUUGCCUCUUUUGAAAAACAUCGAGUCCCAAAUCAAGCAAUACACUGAGCUCGUGCGUGAUAAGGCCAAGCAAGAUCUCCACUUGCGUCGUUAA